CAUUCAUUCAAUAACAUGACGGUUUGUCGGUUAGUUGGUUCACGACUUUUUUCUCGUUCGCGGGUCGCAUAAAUGACAGGCGAAAUGAACGCGCAAAACAUAACGAACUUAUUCGAAAUUUAAAUCGAUUUGACAGUUGAUUAUUAUAAAUAUAAUCUGACGUUUGCAAUCUUGCGUUUUUAUGUCUUGAAAUAACUUAUUUGUGUCGAUAUUUGAGUGGAAGUGGAGUGUUUAUUUAUAAAAUGUUAUGGUGAUUGGAAAUGCUUGUGGGUGAACAGUCUCCGGCGCCCAGGGUGGUAGCCGGCUUGCUGAAACUUCGACCUGAACUGACGCCAGGACCAUUUCCUACUCCUGCAGACCCAAAUCUUCGGAUAUCAGGAGUGCUCCGCCAGUACUACAAUGAGGACACCCAGUCGUGGGCGUGGGUGCACGCGGCGGUACGCGGCGGCUGCCUGCUCGCGUGUCGCGACGGUACGCUGCCCCGCCGCUCCGCUGCUCGCCUGCCGCUGCGUCACCUGCACCUGCGUGCUGCCGCCACGCUGCCCAACGCCUUCCAGCUGUCGCGACUGCGGGACGACGCCUCCAUUGCCACGUUCCAGGCUUGCAAUGCGACGGAUUACGCCCGAUGGGUACGAGCACUGUGCGUUGAAAUACUUGGGCAGACACCGUUACCACAAGUUAGAUUUUUGGACGUGUUACCAGCAGCGGACACGUGUAGUAAGGAACCAAAGAAAGAACCCCUUCAGGAGACGCCUGCCUGUCCUCCUAGACCGCCGCCGAGGGCGCGGAGAAGGCUCCUGGCAGCCACAGAGACGCAGCUACCUCGGCGAGACCACUCCCCUGUCGCUACGGACGAGGGCAUCGUAGUAGAAGACUACGAUUAUGAUUCAUCGUCCGAUCGCAGUCUCGACCUAUCCCUUUCUCUCGACGCUCUGAAAACAAUAGACGUUGUCGAUGCGCCCGUGCGGAAAGCUGAGAUCAUCAAAUGCGACAACUGCAGCAAAUUGAACUCGAUUCCGCCGCAGCAUCACACGUUACCGCGUGCGAGGGCGAACGAUAAUGAAAUAGGUCGACACCGGUAUCUGAAAAGAUGGGAGGGUCCAAUGGGCAGACCGGACAGAGGCAGAUUUGUGGAAGCAGCUAGGAGAAAGGCGGCUUCGUUGGAGAAUCGGGCGAGGUCGUGUUCGCCGAAUGCUCACGAAGCUGUGUCUCAAUACGUGCCAGUGCGGGAGAGGCGCGCCUUGUUCGAAUCGUUGUCGCAGAGCGGUGGUAGCUUGGCGCGGAGUAGCGAGCAGCUGGCUCGGCCGCCGCCGGCGAUGGAGACGACGCCGCGCCGUGCCGCGUCGCUGCACGACCUCCAAGCACCGCCGACGAGGUCAGUGAGCGACUUGCGGCAGUUCUUCGAGGCGGUGGCGCGCGGCGCGGGCCCUUGCCUGCAGCGUCACAGCGCUCCCCCCAACCCUGUGCCGCGCGCCUUCACGUCGCUCACCUGUGCUUGAUCGAACUCUUUGUACAUAUUGUAUAUAGGACUCACGGCGUUGACCGCCGCUCGUCUAAGUCGUUUGUUUUAAGACUGUUAAAAGUAUUGUUAUAAAGUACCUAAUAUAAACGUAUUAACUA